CUAACAAACAAGGCACUCAUCUCAGGUCUCCUUAAGCAGCAGCAUUCACUCCUCCUUCAAGCUUUCGUUUCUCCCAAGUCCCCAAACUCUCCAUCUCUCUCACACACAACACACACUCAUGGAAGAACCUUUACUACAAUAUCAGACAUGGGCUCUAAAGGUAUCUAUCCACUGUCAAGGCUGCAAGACGAAAGUCAAGAAAGUUCUACAAAGCAUUGAAGGUGUCUAUGCAGUUGCUAUUGAUUCACAGCAUAAAGUCACUGUGACGGGGAAUAUUGAUGCACAGACUUUGAUAAGGAAACUACUCAAAACAGGGAAACAUGCAGAGUUGUGGCCUGAAAAACCUGCUGGAAAAGAUAAAAAAUCAGGGAAAUCAAGCAGCAAUGAAAAAGGGGGUGACUCAAAAAAUGGUGAGAACAGUGAAGAAGAAGAGGAAGAAAGUCCAGCUGGGAACAUGGAAGCAAACGUCAACCCUGCUAAGAACAGUGAAAAAGGUACAAAAGUUGUCAGAUUUGCCGGAGUUGAUGGAAUUGCCGGAGAUCAAAGGGAGAUAAAGAUUGAUGGGAAGUUGCCUGGAAGCAUUCCGGCUACUGCAGAAAAAUCUCCGGUAAGUGAACAAAAAAGCAACGCUAACAAUGGGGGUGGUGCAGAAAAGAAUAAUGGGGGAGCAGGAGGACAUGGAAAAAAGAAGAAAAAGAAAGGGAAAAAAGGUAACAGCAACAAUAACAGCAAUGCAGGUUCAGCAUCUGCUCUUGCUCCCUCAAGCACAGGAGUGGAAGGUCCAAGGGUGACGAGUCCUAAUCAGGUUACAGAUCAGAUAAAUCUGACCCCUUCAAAUCAGCAUAUGUUCCAAUAUCCACCAAGUUAUUCACCUUAUCAAGCAUAUGUCGUGAGUUACAACGCAGCACACCCAACCACCUGCACUGGUCCAAUUUGGUAUAUGUCCCCAUCACCAUACCUGUAUGCAUGUACUUACCCAGAGGUUUAUCCAGAGUACCCUGCUCCAGCACUGAGUACGUUUGAGAUUUUGAGCGAUGAGAACCCUAAUGGAUGCUAUAUAAUGUGAUCAUCCUGCUAAGAUGAAGAUGUUGUAUUUUGAGAUUUCAAGACUGAGACCGUGGGAACUUUCUUUUGUGUGCAUCAAGAAACUGUACAUAGUGCAGGCAAUGCAGGAAUGGGGAGUCAACGUCACCUUUUGAGUUUCCUGAUGUACCUUUAAUUUUGCUUAGGAUUCAGAGAUUAGAUUAGUAAUGACUAAUGACUAUCUGUCUCACUUUUUGGAACUUCCGAUGAACUUAUAGAGUUGUAUUAGUGGAGUACUAUAUUUGCCCCGAUGCCCGUUCCUAGAGCUUGUUGUGGGUUACUACUUCUUCUGAUGAAU